AUCUUCAGACGCCGGAUGGAGAAAUGCUUGAGUGGUAUUGCGGUGUCAUCUGGCCAUUGCAUAGAACUAAAAUGCGGACGCUACUCAGCCUUGUCCUAAAGAUCUGGGGUUUGACGCUUUCUCGCAUCGAACCGCAUCAGUAACACAUAUCACCAUUCAGUCUUCCGUAGUGUUUCUACCAUGACCGACUCGGGAGCGUCUACCCCGCGCUUCACGAGUCAGACCGCGUCGGCUGAAGAACUGCUCAAAUCACAGACUGUCGGCCUUGUCAACCUCGACGAUUUUCGCAAACGCCGCGCAGAUGCGCUUGAGCAGAAGGAGAAACAGGCACGCGAUGGCUCUGGUACGGCCACGCCCGAUGUUGAAGAUAGUGACGGUGCGGUAGUGCGUCAACCCGCGAAAAAGAAGAAGAAGAAGAAGGCCGCAAAGGGCUUGUUAUCCUUUGGAGAGGAUGAAGACGACAACGCAAGUGGCAUCUCGACUCCUGCGGCACGAAGUUCGCGAACAACAGCCGAAGCGUCGCCAGAACCCUCGAGUAAUAGUCGGAAGUUGACACCAAAUCCAAACUCUACCUUACCACCUCCUAGAGCGAUCACGAAGGCUGCAUUGGCAGCAGAUGCGCAAGAACGAGACAGACUACGGAAAGAGUUCCUUGAGAUUCAAGAGGCUGUUAAAGAGACGGAGAUCGCCAUACCAUUUGUGUUCUAUGAUGGCGCAAAUAUACCCGGCGGCACUGUCAAAGUAAAGAAGGGAGAUCACAUAUGGCUAUUCCUCGAGCGGUGUCGAAAGGUCGGGGCCGAGCUUGGCGUGUCUGGGAGUGCCUCUGGCGGUGGUGCGACGCUCAAGAGUAGAGAAGACAGCAAGAAGCAGUGGGCUAGGGUUGGGGUGGACGACUUGAUGUGUGUAAGAGGCGAGGUCAUUGUUCCUCAACACUAUGAGUUCUACUACUUUAUUGCCAACAAGAUCCCAGAUCCUACCACCGAAGGGAGGCUACUAUUUGAGUAUUCUGGCACCGCUCCGAAGAAGAGAGACGGUGAAGACGCUCCGGUGCUUCGUGUGCCCGGGAAGGAGGACCUGGAAGGCCAGAACGAUGAUCCAACUGUGACCAAGGUGGUUGACAGGCGCUGGUAUGAGAAGAACAAGCACAUAUAUCCCGCAAGUGUGUGGAAAGAGUUCAAGGUUGGUAAAGAAUUUGAAGAUUUGGCGAAGGGGAGGAGAGAUGCGCAGGGGAAUGCAUUCUUCUUCGGAUAGCCCAUGCGAACAGAACAAGCAUCAGCACCGAGUUGUUGGCAAGUCAAUAUCAAUCGAGGACAAAGUACUAUGGAUAAAAAGAAAUGCUUUGGUUUCAGAAAGCAUUUUUGGGCUCCUGCCUAUCCCCGUCGUUUCCGACG